AACAGAGCCUCCAAACACGACCCGACGAAGACAACGGGUUAAAAUAUUGUAUACUCAAUAAAAAAACUCGAAAAUCUGAAUCAACAAUAAUACUGUGUAUGCUAUGUAUGCAAGCCCAAUUUCAAAUACAGCAGUCGCAUAUAAAUCAAAUCAAAGACCUCUUUCUGCAUUGACGACCUUCUUCUGCUCCAUUCACCGUUCCGUUUUGCAAAUUCUCUGAUAUUCUUCGCAUACAGACAGUUUUCUUUUUGUUGUUUCUUUAUUUUUUUAUUUUCAUUUUUCCUGUUGCUGUCAUAUCUUUUUGAUACCUUUUUCGUCUCAAUCUGCUGUUGUUAAUACGCAAGGAGGAGGAAGAGUUACUUGUUCGAGCUGAUUUGUUACUGUUCUCUUUUAUAGUUUUCUGCAGGGGAUGUAACGAGGAGAUGAUGAAUCAAGGAGCCAAAGCUGCCGACGCCGCACCUACCUUUAUGCCCAAUUUGCAGGAGAAUCAUCAGUUUGUUGAUCCAAGCCAACAUUAUACAUCGUCGUAUUAUGCCCCUCCUACCUCUGUAGCGACAUCAUGGACUGCUCAUGGAGUUGAUAACUAUGCCAGGGAGAAUGGUGUUAUUUCCAAUCCCGGUUAUCACCAUGAUCAACAAGCAAAUACUACUUCUACAAACAUCCAAGAUGGAUCAAGUGUGGCAUCUACUAGUGCGGCCUCGAGUUCAGUAGCAGCUAGUGUUCCUCAAGACUACAGUAAUUAUUCCACUUAUCCAAGCACCAAUCCAUAUGGCUACAACAAUGCGGGUUAUGCAGCUUACUACAAUGGCUAUCAUCAGCAGUCUAAUCAAUCAUAUGCUCAACCCGUAGGAGCAUAUCAAAAUACAGGUGCUCCUUAUCAGCCUCUUUCCUCAUUUCAGAAUACUGGAUCUUAUGCUGGGACUGCAAGUUAUUCAAGCACUUACUACAAUCCCGGUAAUUAUCAGACAGCUGGAGGUUACCCAAGUGGCUACAGUAAUCAGUACGAUCAAUAUGCAACAUAUCCUUCUCAGCAAUAUCAUACCUACAGUUCAGAUUCAGCUGCUGCCUAUGGUUCUACAGCUACUGUUCCUGCUUCACAACAUCAGCAACAAUAUAACCAAUGGGCAAACUAUUACACUCCAUCUCAGACAGAAGUCACUUGUGCUCCUGGGACAGAAAACCUUUCUGUUUCUAACGCACCUAGUUUGAGUUGUCCUAUUCCUGGUGUGAGUGGCGGAUACACAGCUGCAAACAGCCAACCACCGGCACCUCAUGCUCCAUCUUGGAAACCAGAGUCUACUACAUCUGAAUUGCCUACGGUGCAGUCUACUGUAGUUAGUGGCAAUGCCCAUGAUAGUUAUUGGAACCAUUGGGCUCCAGCUUUCCAAAAUCAACAAUCUAGUUCAGUGCAACACCAUGUUCAGAAUCCAUCAGAUGUAACUCCUACUUAUGAAAGCAUUCAAAAUCAACCAAAAACCACAGGUCCUCCAGGACCUAAUUUUCAGUAUCCAACUUCUCAUCAAAUGCCUUCUAGUUAUCAAACACAAAUGCAAAACAUCCAUCAGACUGUUCCACAAACAGUUCCACCUGAAGAAACGCACAGGGUAAGCAAAUUGCAGAUUCCAACAAAUCCUAGAAUAACUUCAACUUUGGGUGUGGGUUUACUGAAAACCGAUAAGGAUAGCUCUGCAACUACUGCAGCUGAAAAACCAGCCUAUGUCAGUGUUUCUUUGCCUAAACAGAAUGAAAAGGUGUCUUCUCAAGGUUCUGAUUCCAUUCUCAAGCAUGGUGCAUUUCCAAAGUCGUUGCGGGGUUAUGUGGAAAGAGCUUUAGCUCGCUGCAAAGAUGACUCUGAAAAGGCAUCUUGCCAAGCUGUCAUGAAAGAGAUCAUCUCGAAAGCUACUGCUGAUGGCACACUUUUUACAAAAGAUUGGGAUACUGAACCUCUUUUCCCCCUGUCCAAUUCAGAUGGAGUUAAUAAGGAGGGUCUAUUCUUUUCUACUUCAACUCCAAAUUCAAAGUGUAAAAGAAGUCCUAGUAGGCGAUUCAAAAGUCGAUGGGAGCCUGUGCCAGAGGAGAAACCAAUGGACAAACAGGAAUCUGUAAUUCCUAAUGCUAUAAAAUAUGGAAGUUGGAAUAAACAGGACUAUUUUCUGCAGUUUUCAAAUGAAAAGACAGAAAGCAAGAUGCAUCAUUUAGGUCAUGUGAAAUUUUCCUUAUCAGAGCAGAAAGUCUCCAGCGCAGAUACAUUGAGGGCAGCUAAGAGGCAGCGUCUUGGAGAGAAUCUGAAUGCAGCUGAUAAUGGCGAAGCAUCCAGUGAUAGUGAUAAGGAACUAAAGGAAGAGAGUUUAACUGCAUAUUACUCUGCUACAAUUACACUUGCUGAUUCACCAGAGGAAAGAAAGAGACGAGAAAGUCGUUCAAAGCGUUUUGAAAAGGGACACGGAAAUAAAGCAAGAAGCAACCACAUUAAAACAAAGAGUGUUGGAGCUGGAAAUUUAUAUUCUAGACGGGCAACUGCAUUAUGGCUUAGCCGAAGUUCUGAGGAAAGUGGUAGCAAAGCUGUUGAAGAUAUUGACUGGGAUGCUUUAACUGUCAAAGGAUCCUGCCAAGAAAUUGAGAAGCGUUAUUUACGCCUUACCUCUGCACCUGAUCCUGCUACAGUAAGACCUGAAGAGGUGUUGGAGAAAGCUCUACUUAUGGUUCAACAUUCGCCAAAAAAUUACCUCUACAGAUGUGAUCAAUUAAAAUCUAUACGGCAAGAUCUUACUGUACAACGCAUUCAUAAUGGGCUAACUGUCAGGGUUUAUGAAACACAUGCUCGAUUAGCAAUUGAAGCAGGGGACUUGGCAGAGUAUAAUCAGUGCCAAUCGCAACUGAAAACACUCUAUAGUGAAGGAAUUAGUGGAUGUAAUAUGGAAUUUGCGGCAUAUAAUUUACUGUGUGCACUUUUGCACUCCAAUAACAAGAGAGAUCUCCUAUCAGCAAUGUCAAGAUUAUCAUCUGAAGCUAGAGAAAAUGCAGCUGUUAAGCAUGCUCUUUCAGUCCGUAUGGCUGUGGCCUCUGGAAAUUAUGUUCUGUUUUUUAGACUGUAUAGGACAGCUCCAAAUCUUAACACCUGUCUCAUGGAUCUUUUUGUUGAAAAGAUGCGGUAUGCUGCUGUAAGAUGUAUGUCUCGUUCAUAUCGUCCUACAGUUCCCGUCCCUUACAUUGCCCAGGUUUUGGGGUUUGCUAGUAUUUUGCCCACAACUGAUGCCAGUGACACAAAGGAGACAGAUGGUGUGGAAGAAUGUUUGGAAUGGUUGAAGGCACACGGUGCAUGCCUUAGUUCAGAUAAUUCUGGAGAAAUGCUCCUUGACACAAAGACGUCUGCAUCUAGUCUCUUCAUGCCAGAACCUGAAGAUGCUGUAUCCCAUGGAGAUGCCAGUCUUGCAGUUAAUGAUUUUCUAACUCGGAGUCUUGCUUAGGAAAUCCAAUUUUAUUCAACGACACAGAUUGAUUGCCAAACAUCGAAAAAGAAGCUGCAGCUUGGACGACCGAUUGCAGACUUUGGCAAGAAAGCUGCAAUGCAGAAAAUUGAUUGGGAAUUUGGACCAUUUCAUGAAAAGAUCACCAGUAACAGUACUGAUGCCAAAUGAUUGCGAGUUCACAACUGUAUGAAUGAAGCCAGCCAGAUUCCAAACUACACGACUUUGGGCACCCCCUAAAAUGCUCUUUUUAGUGUUUGGGUGUGCUGAAUAGCUUGAUCUAGCUUGCAGUACUUCCAGUGAAAUUGUUACAGUUGGUAAAAUUUCUCAUUUUUAAGUGAAAAGAAAAAACAAUUUAGUCUUUACAUAUAGUUGCACUUAAAUCACAAGCAAAA